AAGACCACAGAAGAUCAACGCUACCGCUACACACACCACCAUUUUGUGAGCAUUUCUACUUACUUGUGCAGUGCAGUUGAACGGAACGUGUUGCGGAGCCACAAAGUUCAUUUAAUUAAAUCUACACACAAAAAUAUACACAAAAUGUCACGUUACCGUGAAUGGGAUCUUGCCUGUAAAGUUUACGUCGGCAACUUAGGAAAUAGUGCUAGUAAACAUGAAAUUGAAAGUGCAUUCAGUAAAUAUGGACCACUCAGAAAUGUAUGGGUUGCCAGAAAUCCACCUGGUUUUGCUUUCGUUGAGUUUGAGGAUCCACGAGAUGCUGAAGAUGCAGUCAGAGGACUAGAUGGAACACGUUGUUGUGGAACAAGAGUGAGAGUAGAGAUGUCCUCAGGAAGAAGUCGGCGUGGAGGUGGUGGACGUAGACCCGGUCCUAGAUAUUCCAGGUCCAGAUCUCGCAGUCCCCGUAGGAGAUCACUGGGUCGCUAUCCGAGGUCCUGUUCCAGAAGUCCACGCAAAUCAUCGAUUAGCCGAUAUUCCAGAUUCUACCAGCGUCAGCUCCUAGCUCUGCUCGUCUCCCCGCCACUACUACUGCUACUACUACUACUACUACUACAGCCACCGUGAAAAAAAGUCUAGCAAUCAAAACUGAACAAAAAAAAGCCUGCCUGCCCACUAACUUCCCAACCAGUCACCAUCAGUCACCGGUAGGAGCCAAGUCGUCCGUCAGUUGACAGUCCGAUGCUGUCCGUCAGUCCGUCUGUUCCCCUUCAAAAAGACUUCUUCGGGCUACCUCAACCUCUAGCGGCUAGGAGCAUCGUGAAUCCAUCGAACAGCCGACGCGAUAUGAACGAAUACUACUUCUGUCGAAAUCUCGGCGCGUCAGUCCGUCCGUCCGUCCCAACUUCUACUACUACUACUACUGCUACUACUACUACUCGUCAACCAUCACGUUAAACUUAGCCGACAACGCGACCGCCACUUCUCUUCGACUGAGCAAAGCAAAAUGAUCACCACCUACACACCAUCCCACCACCACCCAACCAAGUACCACCACCACCAACCACCACUACAUGUUCACAGUUGUCUGGUAUUUCACCGAUUUUCAAAGAUUUUUUAUCUUUUUUUUUAAUCUAAUUGAUGGCGGUCAUGUUCUCUAUAGUCCAAUGAUAGUAUUUACAUUUAGUCGAGAAAUUCCGUGAACAAACACUAGUUGCAUUUUUUCCAUGUUUUAAUAAUAUGUAUACAUUGGACAAGAGAACUGUCGCCCUUUACAUAUAAUAUGUAUUUAUCGUUAUAUGUAUAAUAUAUGAGAAACUAUAUAUUAUACGUAUAAAUAACAGUUACUUGUAAAGACUUAAUUUAACUAAAUUAAUCCUACUUUCGUUUAUUGGUUUCUCAUUAUUGGUGAGAUGUCAUUUUGUAUUAAUUAUUGUGUCUAACUAGUUUUAUCACCCUUUAGGCAAAUAGGAAUUAGCCAAAUCCUAAUUCUAUUACGAUUGCUUUGCGAUCGUUUUCGUACCCAUGUGUUUAACGCGCGGCGUACUGUUUCGUCUCAUAUAUUACCCUAUACGAUAUUUGAGUUUUGUAUAUUAUACAUUUCAAAUUAUAUAUUAAACAUCUAUGCAUUUCAUAUCGCGCAUUUUUGACAUGAACACUCAUACAUAUCGUUCAUAAUCGUGAAACUUGAGACGAAGUAGGGGUCGUGCAUUAAUGAACUGUUUUUGCCGUUUUAGCAACAACAAUCUAAAAUGUUUUUCAAUAUUUUAGGUCAAGGUCCCGCAGUCCCCGCAGGAGAUCACUGACUCGUAGCCGCAGCCGAGACCGUCGUUCUCGUUCGGAUUCCCGUGACAGA